UCCGCCUGCCUCCUCAGGCGAUCGCUCGCCGCCGCCUGCCGCCGCAUCCGUCUCACGGAGGAGGAGGAGCUAGGCGCGAUGGCUGCUUCCGCCCGCCGCCACCAGCCCACGUCGCUCCGCCGUGCGCCGCUUUCUCCGGAGCCCAAUGGGAAGGCCGCCUCCUCCAGGCCUCCUGCCUCGCCCAUCCAGCCAUCGGCGGAGAGGACGGUGAAGAAGCUGAGGUUGACCAGGGCGCUGACGCUUCCGGAGGCCACCGCCGUGUCGGAGGCGUGCAGGAGGAUGGCGGUGAAGAGGGUGGACGCCGCGCUGCUCACUGACGCCAACGGGAUGCUCUCUGGCAUACUCACGGCAGAGGACAUAUCAGGACGGGUCAUAGCUGAGGGACUCAGACCUGAGGAAACAAAUGUGGCCAAAGUGAUGACGCGUAACCCAGUUUUUGUUAUGUCCAACUCAUCAGCCAUUGAAGCAUUGCAAAAGAUGGUCAAAGGAAAGUUCAGACAUCUUCCUGUAGUGGAACAUGGUGAGGUAAUUGCCAUGCUGGACAUUACUAAAUUCCUUUAUGACGCAAUUUCAAGAAUGGAGAAGGCAGCAGAACAAGGCAGUGCAAUAGCAGCUGCUAUGGAAGGGGUUGAACGACAGUGGGGAAAUGACUUUCCAGGUCCACAUGCUUUUAUUGAAAAUUUGCGAGACCAAUUGUUCAAGCCUUCCUUGUCAACUAUCAUAACAGAGAAUAGCAGUGUUCCAGUGGUAUCUCCUUCAGAUCCUGUAACAGUUGCCGCCAAAAAGAUGAGAGAAUACCGAGCAAACUCUGUGGUUGUCAUGACAGGGAACAUGCUGCUAGGAAUUUUUACUUCCAAGGAUUUGGUUUUGCGAGUACUGGCGCAAAGUUUAUCCCCAGAUGUGACUCUUGUAGAAAAGGUUAUGACCACAAACCCUGAUUGUGCGACAUUGGACACAUCAAUCCUUGAGGCCCUACAUUCAAUGCAAGAUGGAAAAUUUCUGCAUAUUCCUGUUACAGACAAAAAUGGACAGAUCAUCGCCUGUUUGGAUGCUCUACAAUUAACUCAUGCAGCUAUUUCCAUGGUUGAGGGAACCUCUGAAGCAAACAAUAUGGCAAAUACUAUGAUGCAGAAGUUUUGGGAUUCAGCUCUUGCGUUGCAACCUGCAGAGGAAUCCGAUGCCCGUAGUGAAGAAUCUCGUAUGGCAACAUCAGACAAUGCUGAGGGGAAGCAUAUACACCCUCAUUUUGGCAAUUCAUUCUCCUUUAAACUUCAAGAUAGAAAAGGGCGUAUGCAUAGAUUCAGUUGUGUUUCAGAAAGCUUAGAUGAGCUUAUUUCUGCCGUAUCAUACAGAUUGGGAAUGGAAAAUGACAAGGCGAGGAUUAAUCUUCUGUACGACGACGACGAAGGUGACAGGGUUGUUCUGACCACCGACGGUGACCUCAGUGCGGCAAUUCAGCAUGCAAGAUCAGCUGGAUGGAAGGUUCUGAGGCUGCAUAUGGAUGAGCCUUGGAGCAAUGCAGAGCACACCACAUCGCUUGUAGAUACCUCACCAGCGCAAAAAGGGCGGCCAUUUCUCCGGUUAGGCAUCGCAGCCGGUGCAGUUGCGCUUGCCGGUGUUGGGAUACAUGAGUCACACCGUCAGCAAUAAGGCGUGGACCAUGGUGAAAGUUUUCCGCGUGCCAAGCUUGUACCACUACUAGUCUACUAGAGGUUUGCAGAGCGUUUUUUUGGGAGUCUUCUUUUAUCUUCCUACUCCUUUUUGCAACAGUUUGUUCACAAUGUAAACAAUUCAAUCAGCUUGGAAAAGUUUCUUGUACACAGAAAUUGCUUUCAGUUAAUUAACUUCCGUUAUCAUGCAUGUGCGAUCACUGAAUUAUAUGAUUACAAUCUGAAGUAUUUGCAGUCCCUCUUCAGAUGAACCU